AAUGAACAGUCGUCCGACUCCACUGCUCCAUCAGGAUGGCCACUCUGCCUCGGCCAAUCAGGUGUGGUGAUCCACCUCGGUCCGCUGAACGUGUCCGUUCUCCGAAAUAGAGACUGCUACCUCUGCGUCCGCAAUCGCAGCUCCCCCGGCCUGGAGGUGACUCUAACCUGGCGUCAGCAUCACCAAAUCUACUGCCGCUCCGUAGCCGAGUUUCGAGAUCCUCUACAUUCCUUAGAUGACAUAAUGUGUUCGAGCAUCAGGUCCGCUUCGAAUCUGGAGACAAUCUCCUACGAAGACUACGACGGGACGGACUUGCCGGAGAUGCUGCAUAGCCUCCUGGUAUCCGUCGAGCACGCCAUAAAAAGAGUGCCUUUGGACGACCUCACGUUCCCGUGUCCGCAGUGCCUGCAGUAUCUGCCGUUGGACCGGCAAGAGGACGAUGUGGUUUCUUGUGUGUGUCAGUGCUCUUGUAGACUACCCGGAAGUCCUGUCGCCAAAAAGGACUCAUCCAUUCAGACUAGUCCCAUGUUCGAGUUCGUCGGAUCGAUACCUCACAUCGAUAGCGACGAAGAUGAUGACAAGGAGUCUGUUAAAUCAGGAUCAUCGAAUAAGAAGUUGGAAAUAGCCAGACCCAAAAGAAUAUACGAACUACCAGAUAAACUGCUAAUGUCAGGAAUCAACUUGCCAGGUACUUGUGUUAUUUUAACAAAAAUCAUGACUUCAAGGGAGUUAUUUCGAAUUUAA